AUGGUUUACGAAACUUCAAAAGCAACUUCAUAUUUAAAAGAUUAUUCCAAAAAAGAUGGUUUAUCAAUUAAAGAAUUAAUUGAUUCAACAAAUUUUGGUGGUUUAACUUAUAAUGAUUUUUUAAUUUUGCCAGGGUUAAUUAAUUUUCCAUCAAAUACAGUUAGUUUAGAAAGUAAAUUAACUAAAAAAAUUACUUUAAAAUCACCAUUUGUUUCUUCACCUAUGGAUACUGUUACUGAAGAAAAAAUGGCAAUUUAUAUGGCAUUAUUGGGUGGUAUUGGUAUAAUACAUCACAAUUGUACAGCUGAUGAACAAGCAGAAAUGGUUAAAAAAGUUAAAAAAUAUGAAAAUGGUUUUAUUAAUGACCCAGUUGUUAUUUCUGAAGAUGUUACCGUUGGUGAAGUUAAAAAAAUGGGAGAAUUUUUAGGUUUUACUUCAUUCCCAGUCACAGGUGUGUUUUUUUAAACUUGUUAUCACUGAUGAUCAAAACAUAUCAAUUUUAUAACUUUCGUUCUACCGAAUAUUACAUCAAACGAUGUUGGGGAGAAUCUUUUUUACUGAUAUGGUAACAAAAAUGAAUAAUAAUACUAACUAUUUUUAGAAAAUGGUAAAGUUGGAGGUAAAUUGAAAGGUAUUGUUACAUCAAGAGAUGUUCAAUUCUAUGAUGAUAACUCAGCGAAAGUUACUGAAGUGAUGACUACUGAAUUAGUUACAGGUAAACAAGGUAUUACAUUAACUGAAGGUAAUAAUAUAUUAAGAUCAUCAAAAAAAGGUAAAUUACCAAUUAUCGAUUCAAACGGUAAUUUAAUUUCAUUAAUUUCAAGAACUGAUUUACAAAAAAAUCAAGAUUAUCCAAAUGCAUCAAAAUCUUUUGAUUCAAAGCAAUUAUUAUGUGGUGCUGCAAUUGGUACUAUUGACGCUGAUAGAGAAAGAUUAGAUAAAUUAGUUGAAGCUGGUUUAGAUGUUGUAGUUUUAGAUUCGUCAAAUGGUUCAUCAGUUUUCCAAUUAAAUAUGAUUAAAUGGAUUAAAGAAAAAUACCCAGAUUUACAAGUUAUUGCAGGUAAUGUUGUAACAAGAGAACAAGCUGCUUUAUUAAUUGAAGCUGGUGCAGAUGCUUUAAGAAUUGGUAUGGGUUCAGGUUCAAUUUGUAUUACUCAAGAAGUUAUGGCUUGUGGUAGACCACAAGGUACUGCUGUUUAUGGUGUAACUGAAUUUGCAAAUAAAUUUGGAGUUCCAUGUAUUGCUGAUGGUGGUAUUGGUAAUAUUGGUCAUAUUUCAAAAGCUUUAGCUUUAGGUGCUUCUUGUGUUAUGAUGGGUGGUUUAUUAGCUGGUACUUCUGAAACUCCAGGUGAUUAUUUUUAUAGAGAUGGUAAAAGAUUAAAAUCUUAUAGAGGUAUGGGUUCAAUUGAUGCUAUGCAACAAACUGCUACAAAUGCAAAUGCUUCAACUUCAAGAUAUUUUUCAGAAGCUGAUAAAGUUUUAGUUGCACAGGGUGUUUCAGGUUCAGUUGUUGAUAAAGGUUCAAUUACCAAAUUUAUUCCAUAUUUAUAUAAUGGUUUACAACAUUCUUUACAAGAUAUUGGUAUCAAAUCAAUUGAUGAAUUAAGAUCAAACGUUGAUAAUGGUGAUGUUAGAUUCGAAUUUAGAACUGCUUCUGCUCAAUUUGAAGGUGGUGUUCAUGGUUUAUAUUCUUAUGAAAAAACUUUACAUAAUUAA